AUGGCGGCCCAAGGCAGCCUGCUUCGCCUGCUCUGGCAUCAUGGGAUGACAAAGGCUGCCCCUGAGAGCUGCCGCCACCUGUAUAUGUCCUCUUGGCGGGCUGAUUGCAACAGAGCCUCGCUCACUCGAGUGCACCGGCAGACCUACGCACGCCUCUACCCUGUUCUCCUGGUCAAGCAGGAUGGUUCCACCAUCCACAUCCGCUAUCCGGAACCUCGUCGGAUGCUCAGAAUGCCUGUGGACCUGGACUCCUUAUCCCCAGAGGAGAGGCGUGCACGAUUGCGAAAACGAGAGGGCCAGCUCAAAGAGAAGGAGGAGGAGCCAGAGCUCGGUGACGACUUUGAUGUGGAGCGGUACAAGCAGUUCUGGACCAAAAAGUGA